GGGAGACGCUGCUACACAUUACAGAGAACCGGGGAUGGAGGAGAGGCGGAGAGGGGUGGAAGAAGAAAAAAAGUUUCGUUCAAAGCUGGCAGAGAAACUUUCAACAUGAAGCCUCACCAUUUCACCACAGCAAAACCUUCGUUAUAGGAAAAAAAAGCUAGACUUCUUUUGGUAUUUUUUUUCUCCCAGCUCUCAGAUUGUGUUUCUCCCCUUUCCCUGUUGUCAUUUUCUGUGCGCAAGGCUGGUCGGGGCUUGCUGUCACUGCGCGCUGAGAUGUUGGAGUGACCAUGGCUGCGCAAGUGGCAUCGGCUCCGACCAGAACUAAUAAUAAAAAUAAGAAAUUAUCCGGCGCUUUGGCUCCGGAGCUCAAUUCGGGGAAAUCCGGAGGAGGAGGUGGAGGCGCAGGGACCGCGCAGCGGAGCGGACAGAUGCUGGGUGCCGGCGAUGGAACUCUGAAUAAUGUAGACCAUCACCGCCGAGGCGAGCUCGGCAGCAUGGUCCAUUCAACUUCCGCGGCGCACAAAGCUCCGGACGGCCACGACAAGACCGGGAUUAACCUCUCGGCGUCAAACUCAAACACUUCCCCGAUGGAAGCGGCUCUGAUCGCGAACCACAAGCUGAAAUGUGCUGGGAGCGGAGAUGCGCCUCAACCUCAACAGCAGCAGCCACCGCCGCCGCAGUUCGGCCAGUUUGCGGCACAUCAGCAGCGACAAAGUAACAACAGCAACAACGGGCAGCCCCCCCGGGGGGACAGAAGUGUGGACCACCAGCAGCACGGUGGUAAGGAGAACCUGUUGGUGGGGCAGGAGGAGUCCCAGCAGCAGCACGGCCCGGGGAAAGGUGAGGGGGACCUCACCUGUAAACCCACGGAGAGGAUGAUGGGCUCCAGGUUUGAACACUCCAACUUGGGUCCCCCUGCUAACAACUCUGAGUUUAAUAACAGCUAUUACACUUCAAGGCCGUGUUAUGAUCAACAUGCCGGGCAGCAACAACAAAGCAGUGGAAUGGGGGUAACUCAGGACUCCAAUGAAGGGGGGUACCACAACAGCCAGUACGGCCAGUACCCAGCAUACCGGGCGGGCUACGGCGGAGGGGCCUACGGGAUGAUUGGCUCCUCCGGAUGCAGGCAGCCAGGCAACAUGAUGAUGGGCAGCAACUCCUCUGCGACCCACGGCAAGUCCCCUGCUUCUGGUGGGUUUCAGAGGUACCCGGGACAAACACAGCAGCAGCAGGGGCCCUCAGGGGCCACGCCAACCCUCAAUCAGCUGCUGACGUCCCCCAGUCCGAUGAUGCGGGGUUACGGAGGUGCUUAUCAGGACUACGGCGGCCCGACGCCUCAGCAGCAGGCGAGCAUGGCUUUGGGGAAAGACGUGGGCCCCCAAUAUGGAGCCAGCACUGGCCAUUGGGGAGGGCAGCAGAGGAACCAUCCGCUUUCGAUGAACGCAGGCAGCGGAGGGCAGGGCCUCGGCAGAACACAGGUUCCCUCCAUGGAUUUCAUGGCUAUGAAGCGCUCGCAGAUGUAUGGAAUGACCAACAAUCCGUAUUCCACUCCUCAACAGCCAGGUGCCGGAAAUUACCCCUCAAGCCAACCAUACGCAUCACCUCCUUCACAUCGAUAUCCAAUGAGCAUGCAGGGGAGGAGCCAAAUGAGCAUGAGCGGCAUGCAAUACCCUCAACAACAGCAGGUUGCACCAUAUGGCCAGCAGUCGAUGGGAGGGUUCAGCAGGGAGCAGCAAGGAGGGCAGCAGGGAACCCCUCCGUACUUCAGUCCUCCUCAGCAGACUCCCACAGGCCUGUCCCAGAGUUCCUACCUGCAGCCUCGACCACCUCUGCAGCAGGAGACUCAGCAGGAAAGCUACAGCAUGAGAGGACCUGCUCAGGGGAAUUCUGGGAAGACCACCAACGAGGACGGAGUCGCCCAGGACCGUCCUUCCAGUCUGCCGGAUCUCUCUGGCUCGAUUGAUGACCUCCCCACUGGGACAGAGGCCGGACUGGGCUCGGCUGUCGGAACUGGCGGAUCCUCCAACGGCAGCAGCAGCGGUAGCAGCCAAGGGGAGCCGGGAGGCGCCGGUAACCAGGGACAGUCCCCCUUCUCUCCCCAUGCCUCCCCCCACCUCCCUGGCCAGAGGAGUGGGCCCUCUCCCUCUCCGGUGGGGUCCCCAGCAGGCUCCACUCAGUCCCAGCCGUCCCGUUCGGGCUCAGGACCAAUUUCUCCUGCCAGUGGACCCCCUGCCAACACCACAGCUCCAGGUUCAGCUGUGGCCCCGUUGAGCUCUGGAAAUGGACCCGAUACAGCCCAUCUGCCAAUCACACGCUCCCCUGUGGCUCAGGAGAGAGGUUUUAUGUCCAACAUGCAGAGAAACCAGUCUGGCUCGCAGUUUGCACCUCCCCAGUCCGGACCUCCCAUGUCACCUCACGCAUCCCACGGAGGCUCAAUGUAUCCCAGCAUGGGUCCAUAUUCACAGAGUGGCCCUGCAGGUCCCUAUGGACCUCAAGGACCCCAAUAUGGACACCAAGGUAACUACCCUCGGCCCUCUAACUACAUUGGGUCAGCCGGAAACAACUACAGCAGCCACGGCCUGUCCAACAGUCUGGGGAUGAAUGCCACUAGCCCCAUGCACGGACAAGGGCCUGGAGGACGGAGCCAUGGUCCGGGGAGCCAGAACAGGACCUACCCAUUAAUGGGUCCCACUUCUCCCAGCAUGCCACAACCAGCUGGACCAGGGAUGGGUCCUCCAUCUAAUCGCAAGCCUCAGGAGGGAGCUGUAGCCAACUCGGUGCACAACAGGCAGGGAAACUACCAAGCCCCUGGUAUCAACCAAGUGAGCUCUGGCUCCUACAGUCAGCCAACGAGCAACAACAGUUCGACGACAGGCAACGGACAAGGUCCAGGCUACGGUAUGCCGCCUGCAGGAGCAACGAGCCUCUCAGGAGACAACAUAAUGAGCCCAGAAAGUAAACAAAAAAUGGAUGUCAAAGAUGACAGCGGCCCAAACAACGAGCCACACAAACCAAAGCUGCAGGAUGGUUAUGUGAACAAUAACAGCAGCAGUGUUUCCCAACCAGCCACUCCAGGCGGCACCCUGCCUGUGCCCUCCCCCCUCUCUCCCAGUCCUGCCAGCCUGUCUUCCUACCACGGAGACGACAGCGACAGCAUCAGUAGCCCACCGUGGCCUCUGAAGACCCCCUGUAGUCCCCAGAAAGUCAACCCCAACUCGUCGUUCAGUGGUGGCGAGCGGAUAAGCCGGCUGUAUGAACUCGGUUCAGAGCCAGAGAGGAGAUCUUGGGUGGAGCGCUACCUGACCUUCAUGGAGGAGCGGGGUACACCUGUUUCUCAGCUCCCAGUUGUGGGCAAGAAGCCACUUGAUCUCUGGAAGCUCUAUGUUGCUGUUCGGGAAAUAGGAGGCCUCGCCAUGGUUAACAAGAACAAGAAGUGGCGCGAGCUAUCCAGCACUCUGAAUGUUGGUACGUCCAGCAGCUCUGCCAGCACGCUCAAGAAGCAGUACAUCCAGUAUCUGUUUGCCUACGAGUGUAAGAUGGAGAGAGGAGAGGAACCACCAACAGACAGCAAUAGCGGUGGCAGCUUGACUGAAGGGGACAGCAGGAAGCAGGUCAAGAUCCAGCCGCCCUCACCUGCCAACUCAGGUGGCUCACUCCAAGGUCCACAAACGCCCCAGUCAUCUGGCAGCAGCUCUACAGCAGAGGCAGCAGGCGACCUGAAACCACCCACACCUGCCACCACUCCACUGGGACAAGUCACUCCACUGCCCCCCAACAGGAGCAGUGUAAGUGUGCAGGACCCCUUCUCGGAGGUGAGCGACCCGGCCUUUCAGAAGCGGACGAGCAGCCUGCCCCCCUCAGCUCCAUACCAGCAGGCCCUUGGCAUGCCUGACAUGAUGAUGAGGAUGCAGUACGACGCCAAGGACCCCUUCGCGGGGAUGAGGAAGAUGGCAGGAGCUGAUCCAUAUAUACCAAGCCAGAUGUCCAGUGGUGGUAUGCAGGACUUGUACAGUCGGCCUCCAUCAGGCCUGAGCAUGAGCCAGCGGUCCCAGUAUCCCUAUGGACCGGGCUAUGACCGGAGACCUGACCAUAUGAUGGGGAUGGAGGGAACCAUGGGUCCGCCUGGAAGUCAGAAUAACAUGGGACACUCUAAUAGUGAAGGCAACAUGUAUUCUCCCAGCAGAUACUCCUCACAUCAGAGACAUGAAGGUUAUGGUCAGCAGUAUCCCAGCAUGCCAUAUGGCAUGCAUCCAUCUGGGAUGUAUCCACAGCAACAGGGCUACAAACGACAGUUGGAUGGAAUGUAUGGUCCCCCACCCAAAAGACAUGAGAGUGACAUGUACGCUAUGCAGUACACCAACCAGCAGCCGGAUGUGUACAAUCACUACAGUGGUGGGUAUUCAGGCCCUGAUCACAGACCCAUCCAAGGACAGUUCUCUUACCCGUACCAUCGUGACCGAAUGGCCCCAUCGGGCCAGAGCCAGCACAGUAUGAUGGGUGGGGGUCCUGCUUCUAACCAUGCUCCUGAAGGACCUAACAUGUGGCCUUCAAGAACAGACCUCAGCUAUUCCUACCACAGCAGACAGGGGCCACCGUCGCAAAUGCAGCCAUAUGGUUCUAUUUGCAGAGAUGACAUUGAUGGUCGCUCCACGCACGACCAUUGGCUCCGUCAGCCUCCCUACUUAUCAUCAGGUGGCAUGGCCCCCAUGUCUUCACGUCAUUCAUCUUAUUCCAAUUCUCCAACCAUGGCCAACCAUCUGCCUCGAGCACCCAGCCCAGGGGCCUUCCAGCGCUCAAUGGAAUCUCGAAUGUCACCCAGUAAAGCCCCUUUCAUGUCUCCAAUGAAGAUGCCUAAGCCAGGGAUGGCCAUGAUGGGCUCACAAGGCAGUGGACCAAAUAGUCAGUUUCCUCCUAACCUGAGAAGGGACCUGAACUACCCUCCAGGGUCAGUCGAAGCCACAUUGCCAGCUCUAAAGCCAAGACGCAAGCUAACAUCAAAGGACUGUGGAACACCUGAAGCCUGGCGUGUGAUGAUGUCUCUGAAGUCUGGCCUGCUGGCAGAAAGCACUUGGGCAUUAGACACCAUUAACAUCCUGCUAUAUGAUGACAGCACAGUGGCCUCCUUCAACCUUUCCCAGUUGCCAGGAUUCCUUGAGCUAAUUGUGGAGUACUUUCGCCGCUGCCUGAUUGAGAUUUUUGGAAUCUUGGAAGAAUUUGAGGUUCGGACAAUGGUUCCCAAAAACAAUCUAGAUUGUGAUUCUACCCAGAAAGAGAAUGCUACCCUUGAGAAGGAAACUGACUCUGCAAACCUGUCAGGAUCUGAAUUAUCCUCAGCAACAGAAAUCCCGGAGAGGCAAACAGGAGUUAUCAAGGAGGAAAUUUUGCCUGUCACUGACGAGCAGGCUGAGGUGCCAGGAAAAGAGCAGGAUCCUGAUGUGACCAAGAAAAAGAAAAACAGUAAUAAAGGACAAGCAGAAAAAGGACUGAAAGAAGUGGAAGAAAAAGAAACUAAAAAAGAUGAUUUAGAUGAGCCUUCUGCAGAAACAGAAUCUAAACCUAAACAGGCCAGUAAAUAUGAUAAACUCCCCAUUAAGAUUGUGCACAAAGACCACCUGAUUGAAGACAUAACUGAGCGCUUGGGUUAUGUCACUGAGUUUGAAAGUGGGCUGCUACACUGGCAGGCAGGUGGAGGUGAUUCCACUGCACACAUUCAGACACACUUUGAACUGCGGAGUGAUCCGCCAGCCAGGGGGGGUACCAAAACAUUGAAUGAGAACAAACCGGAAAAUAAGAUGGAAGGGGAAGAUAGCAAAAAACUGAAACACAUCACCGCUACUAUUGAUGAUGUUCUGUGCGCCAGGGUUGACGCCCUGUCGUACGCCCAUCCUGCUCGAUCUUUGCCAUCUUACCCCUUCAGGGUGCAUCCAGACGGGGAGGAUGAUCACAUUACCCUUCUGGAGGAUGAGCCCCGCUGCCUAGAUGAGGCUCCGCUCUGCACAACCUCCUCCUGGCAGGACUCACUCUCCAAGAGGUGCCUUUGUGUUUCCAACAUCGUGCGAAGUUUGUCCUUUAUCCCUGGGAAUGACAGUGAAAUGUCUCACCAUCCUGCACUCGUUCUUCUUCUGGGCCGGCUGCUUUUGUUACACCAUGUUCACCCAGAGAGAAACAGGUCAGCACGGACCUACCAGAGGGAUGAACAACAGGAGCGAGGACUGUCAAGUAGCAAAGAGGAGUGGUGGUGGGAGUGCCUGAGUUUGCUCAGGGAGAAUGCCAUGGUCACGCUUUCUAACAUUGCAGGACACCUCAAUCUCUCAACCUAUUCAGAUACCAUCUGCCUCCCCAUCCUGGAUGGCCUUCUCCACUGGAUGGUUUGUCCCUCAGCUGAAGCGCAGGACCCCUUUCUGUCAACAUCCCCACACUCCCAUCUCACUCCCCAGAGACUGGUGCUGGAGUGCCUUUGUAAGCUCAGCAUCCAAGAUGGCAAUGUGGACCUCCUGCUAGCCACGCCACCUUUCAGCAGACAGGAAAAAUUUUUUGCAGUCCUGGUGCGAUACAUUGGUCAGAGGAAGGCACAGGUGUAUAGAGAAAUGGCAGUUGCUGUUCUCUCACACCUGGCACAGGGAGACCCCACCGCAGCACGUGCCAUCGCCUUGCAGAAGGCUAGCGUGGGUAACCUGGUAACCUUCUUGGAGGAUGGUGUCAGUAUGGCACAGUAUCAACAGAACCCUCACAAUUUGCUGCACAUGGGACACCCUCCAAUGGACCCUCCCAGUGUAAACAUGAUGUGCCGAGCAGCUAAAGGCCUCUUGGCCAUGGCUAAAGUGGAGGAGAACAAGAAAGAGUUUGUACUGUAUGAAAGCAGAUUAUUAGACAUCUCCAUUUCCUCAGUGCUCAAUACGGGGGUGGUUGCCAUCGUUUGCCAAGUUCUCUUUCACUUAGGGAAAUUAUGACAGGACUUAGAUUGCAGACAGUAAGACUAAAGAGAUAUCUCUGUGGUUUUCUAUUUUUAUUUAUCAAAAUGACAGGAAAUGUUUGUGGGUUUUUUUAAAAGAAAAAAGAAGUAUCUGCAUUAUUGUGUCUAUAUGUAUAGCUUCUGAGCCCUGUUAGAAAAAAAGUGGGCUCGGGACAUGAAAGCUCAUUUUAAUACAAAUAUUCAAUACCUGCUGGUGAUGGAUGGUUUCGUUUUUGUUUUGUUCUCGUUUACUUUUUCAGCCAAAAGCUGCCACCAGAUUUUGGUGCUGAAUAGUUCGUUCCUUUGAAGUUAAUGAGCUGUUUUUCAGUUUUAUAAAUAUGAACAUGCUCAUCAGCAUUUUUGUUGAUGGAGAGUAUUUAUUUAAGAUGUGACACUGUACAGUUGUUUGAACAUUUUUGCCAACAGUUGGGUGAAGAAAGGACCGGGGUAAAAGUAAAACAUGGACUUUUUAAAUGAAAAUGUUUUUGUCUCCAUCGCUGGAAGAUGAAUUGUGCAAUAGGACCAGAACGAGUUGUCCCUUUUUUUGAAAAACAGGAGGACGUGAAACUUCAAGUAGCUGCAGUGUGUGCUUUGGGCCAUGUGGAGGCAGCAUUGCACCAGCCAAUCAACAAAAGAGCUUAGCGACUGUCAAAAACACACUUUCUAAUUUAUCAAUCAUAGCCUCAAUGACUGUCACUGACGAUAUUUCUGUUUACCCAACACGUGUGUUAUGUCUGUAUUUUUCAUCAAUGUGUAUUUAAAACUUUGUGCAAUGGACGCACAUGACUCUUUCAGUCUCUAUCGUGCAUCACAGCAGAUGGGAGUUUCAGACUAUUACAGAAAAAAUUCUUUUAUUGAUGUUAAAAUUUCGUAAUGUUAUUAUACAUAUUUUGUUUAUUGGGUCAAAUAUUUGAACCUCCCAGAUGUACCCGAUGUCUCAGUGUAAAAAAAAACAAAAAAACAUUGUAUGCAUUGUAUUAUAGCUGAGAAAACAAUCGCUUUGGUAAUUAAAAUGUGGAAGUGCCAGGGUGAGAGGAUAACUACCGCUACAUGAAAAAAAAUAACAUAUUUCUUUUUGUUACAGUUCUUCAUUCAUGUCAAUGGGCAUAUUUUUAAAACUCUACAUACUUCUCUGAAACAAACAUGUGAAAAGAACUGUCAGAAAUGUCCUGAGAGCUCAUUGUAAAAUUUGCCUUUUUUCGUAUGACUCCUUGUCUUUUUCUUCCGUAAACACAUUUAUACUCUGUGCUGCACAUGUCACAAAUAAAUGUACGAUGACCAUCGUUAAGCACUGAAGAAGUUGCAUUAUGUCCUGACAAUCUUAGGCCAAUAAACAAACAUCAACUGCUUA